AUGCCCUUAAAUUUUGCAAAAAUCAGACGAGUGUUGACUGACAAGUUCUGGGGGAAUUCUCAUCGACAGUUGUCUGGUUCAACGGACGCGACUAUUUUACAUGAUUCGCAUCUUUCUGACUUUCUUCAUCUCACACCAGCCUUACUGGCAGAAUUAAUACGGACGUUAUGGUCAGCGAUAUUCUUGGUUAUAUUAGGACUCUUUCUCACCUUCAACAUACAAUGGUCCGACCAACGGUGGAAAUACUCGGGCGACGACAUGAAACCGUUGGUCGAUUUGGGAUUCAAAGUUUUGCCCGAGACCGAUAAGGUUUUUUUGGCAGACCUUUUUAUGUUAACGUUACUGGUUGGUUCGGUGUUUUUCACGCUUUUUAUGGCUGAAUCGAAUCGUGCGAGAAUUAUUAUCGUGCGUAGAAUUUUUUGGUUGCUUGGUAUUUUGUUGUUUUUCCGUACUAUUACGUUGUCGACUACUACUUUACCGAGUCCAAAGAAUUGUACGCCAGUCGAUACUGGGAGUUUUUGGUUUAUGUUGAAACAAGGUGUGCAUUUGAUAUUGGGUGGUGUUAAAGCUUGUACGGAUAAUAUUUAUUCUGGUCACACCAUUUUUAUUACUACAAGUAUAAUUCUUUUUCGCGUAUAUUGUAAAUACCCAUAUCUCACAUAUUACUCAUACGUACAUGGCACAACUGGCAUAUGUCUACUUGUUGCCACCCGUCUUCAUUACACCGUCGACGUGCUACUAGCAGUAUUUAUCACCUACGCGGUACACUCGAUCUACUUCUUCAUCGUCGAUCUUUGUAUCGAAAAACACUUUUUGCAUAUACGGCGAGCAGAAGAAAGACUCGGUGACAAAGAAUUAUAUCAGCGAAUUGGGUAUAUACCGAAUAUGUUUAAUGUGAGUCUGGUGGGAACGGUUCGGUGGAUGGAUGGAUUGGAUAUUCGGUUCGCGAUGGAAGAUGAACAGACUGUCGUGCAGACCAUUGAGUUGUCGCAUCAUCGACAACAAGUGUUGACUGUUGAACGGGAAAGAAAAGCUGCGAGCAAUAGAAGUGUGACUGACAGUCAGCAUGGAGAAGGAGCAUGCGAAAAUGAUAGUAGUAGUCCUCAUCAUGGCGAUGAUGAUGGAUCCUCAACAGAGAGACACUUAUCGUUGACAAUUACGGAAAAUGCAUUACCAGAAUCAAAAAUUUCAUCAUCGUCAUCAUCAAUACAAAUUGGCACAUCUGGAUCAACAUCAUAA